CUCAAUCUGCAUCUCUCAAUUCCAAGACUGCCUCAUUCUUCUGUUAUUGUUUAUUGGCAUUGGGAUCCAUAUAACCGCAAUUAUAUACCAAUGCGAAUUUUCAUGGAGCGCCAAGGAGCACUUGCGUGCCUCUGGUUGUUGUCUGUGUUUUUAGUGGUAAGAGGCCUCAACAAUGGUGACCACAGGACAGUCGAGGUAGUUGGCCUAGGAGAAUGCGCGGACUGCAGGGAGAACAAUAUUAAGACUAGUCACGCUUUCUCAGGGUUACGUGUAACGGUAAAUUGCAAGUCACCACAUGGAGAGUUCAGAACGAGAGGGGUUGGUGCCCUUGAUGAAUAUGGAAACUUCAAAGUAUCCCUUCCACAGGACAUGGUAGAAGAUGGUGAGCUAAAAGAAGAUUGCUAUGCCCAGCUGCAUAGUGCAUCAGCUGAGCCUUGCCCUUCCCAUGGCAACUCCAAAAUAGUGACAAAGUCAAUAUCUGAUGACAAGAACAAACACACCCUUGGACCAGCUGCUGGAAAACUCAGAUUCUCGUCAGCUUUGUGCACUUCAGCCUUUUUCUGGCAUUUCUUCAAACACCCUAACUUCCCCUUCCCUCCUAAAGACAAUGGGAAGCCACCUGUGGCAGCAGUGCCAGUGAAAAAGAAACCCCCAGCAGCAGUGCCAACGUAUAAGAAACCUCCUUCUACUUCUACUCCAUCUCCGGUUGUAAAGAAACCAUGCCCACCAAAGAAAAAGACACCUUCUCCCACUCCCAUUUACAAGCCACUUCCUCCUCCAACUCCCAUUUCCGAUCCCCCUCCCACUACGCCACCAUUUUUUAAAUUCUUCCCUCAUCCUUUCCAAUUCAAGAAGCAGCCCUGUCCACCUCUUCCCAAGAUGGAACCUCCAAAGUACUUUUACCAACACCCUUGGUUUGGAAACUGGCCUCCCUCUCACUCAUAAGUCAUAAACUAUAUUGGAGUGUAAGACGCGUACUUGCAUCUUUUCUAUCUAUUACUUUUGUGUUACCAAGGACGUACGUUGAGAUUGAUUAGUUCCGAAUAAAGUCCAUAUCCGUGGAUAGAGAAUGUCAGCUAUGAGAAUAGAGAAAAACAAAUGAUGAAGCAGGGUCGUUUAGUUUGAGGUUUGUUGAUCAAGUUGAAUGUGUUACGAGUGAAGAUUUAUCUGUUGAUGUUGUAGACGUAUAUAUAAUA